AUGGCAAUUACCGACGAGAAUCGCUACGAUAACAAAGGCCCCAAGAUCCUGGCUGUUCUAUGGACUUUGACUGGGCUGACGGCCCUCAUUGUCUCCGCCAGAAUUUACAUCCGGAUGGUGUUGCUGCGAAACUUUGGCAUUGAUGAUUAUUUGAUUUUGAUCUCCAUGCUACUCGGCCUUGCAUAUUGUAGUGUCACUACAGCUGGUGUAAGUGUGGGCUAUGGUCAACAUGCCGAAUACCUGAGCGAUACGGAUUUGGAGAUGGCUAUUCUACUCAAUAGCAUCAGCUUUCUGUUUGGAAUUCUCUCCUUUACUAUCCCCAAGGUGGCUGUGACGGCGAUGUUGAAUCGGAUCUUGAAUCCUGGGCGAGUCCAAAAGAUUAUACUAUGGGUGUUGGUUGGAAGCGCAGCCAUCGUUUCGGUCAUUUGCAUUCUAAUAUUGUUCACGAUGUGCGAUCCGCCAAGGGCAUUGUGGCAAACAUCACUUAUAACGAAAGGUGAAGCCACCUGCAAGAGUACAUGGAUUCUCAUCAACUAUGCUCUCUUCACUGGAGCUCUCUCGGCAUUCGUUGAUUUGUAUUUGGCUAUCUACCCCACGACCGUGUUGUUGAAACUUCAAAUGUCUCUUCGAAAGAGAACUGCGCUCUGCGCUGCUUUGGGCCUUGGUGCAAUUGCUUCUGCAAUGGCAAUUAUCAAGUGCACCCAGCUUCAUGAACUUGCCGACAAAUCCGACUACACAUAUGGAACUGCCGACCUAGUUAUGUGGACCAAUGUCGAAGCCAACAUCGUCGUCAUAGCGUCCUGCAUCCCAACCCUACAGCCACUUCUCGAAAUCAUACUCGGAAAACGAGGGUUCGGCUCCUAUAGCCAAGGAAAGGGUGAUCGCUACAAAGGUAGCGACAGUUUCCCUCCCUCUUCCUACAAUCGCAACAAACAUUCAAAUGCAAUGGGCAAAGAUGAACUCGGCUUUACCAACCUUGAUACUGUCAUGGGUAAAGAAAGCCAAGAGAGCAUACUUCCUUCGAAUGAAACUGGGAAGCAGGAUACUUUUUCUAUGGGUCAUAUCCAUCGGACGGACGAUGUAAUUGUGGAAUAUGAAUCGGCCUCACAACAGGGGGCUAAAGCGAAUAGUUCUUGGUAG